AUGUAUGAUAUGAAGGCAGUAAUAAGAGCCUUAGAACAAGAGUACCGGUUGAUAUUGCUGCUGAACCACAGAAAUAAGAACCAACAUAGAGUGGCCAGUUGGUAUGGAUCAUUCAACGAGCUAAAAAGAAAUUGUGGGCAGAUAGUAGAGCUUCUGGGAUCAACAAGAUUAAAAACGACAUGCAUGAGAGAUGACAAGUGGGUCAAGUUGCACAGACUAUUACAGAGGGCGUUGUUUCGGCAGUUGAAGAGGUGGUACUGGGAUUUCAAUAGUAUUAUUGCACUGGGGCAAUUUGUAACGCUAGGCUGUGUACUAGUCGCAUUACUAGCAAACGUGAGAGCCUUAUAUAUGAAAAUAUGGGAACUAAGCUAUGAUGAGUUCAUAAGGUGUGGAUGCUCUAUAAAAAAAAAAAUAAAGGGAAAGAAAGAAUCUGUUAUGGACGACGGAGAGGAACUUGGAGAAGCUAUCAAUGAAGAUAUCCGCAACGUUGUCAGAGAAAGGGAGCAUGUAGAGCCAAUACAGGUUGUUGAGCCAGAGACUGAUAAAAAAAAGAAGAAAAAGAAGAAAAAGAAGAACAAAUCAGCCAUCGACGGCAUAUUUGGUUGA